AUUUCUAUUUGCUUUGUGCGUUUUCAGAUCUUAGGGUUUUUUCUCUCUCUAUCUUUCUCUCUUUCCCUCUCAUAGCCGCCACAAAAUUUUCUUCAAUCAACGAAUAAACCCUAGGUCUUUUGUGAUCUUUCUCUCUUCUCACGUUCGCUAUAAAUCAUCUGACACUCUUUAAUCGGUGAAGAUGUCUCGUUGCUUCCCUUUCCCACCUCCAGGGUAUUUGAGGAAAACCGAUGCCUUGAUCGAAGAAUCGAUUAAGAUCCGUUUGGACUUGGAUUUGGAGAAGCCCAAGAAAGAAAGGAAAGAGAAGGACAAGAAGGAAAAGGAGGAGAAGAAAAGGGAGAAGGAAGAGAAGAAGAGGGAGAAAAAGGAGAAGAAGGAAAAGAGGAAAAGAGACAAAGAACAUAAACAUAAAGAUUCAACAUCCUCUCAUGCAACUGUUGGUAUAAAGUUCAAGUUCAUUGAUGUAAAGGAAUCUGAAGCCAACGGGAAGUUGCAAAAGGUUGAAAAUCAUGAGAAUGAACAACUUGAGAGGAGUGGUCUUACAGAAGAACAUGGUCAACCUGUCUCUUCUCCUCAAGAGCCCUGCACCUCUGAUAGUUCUCAAAGUAGCAAGAGGAAAAGGGACUCCCUGUUACCUAGUGAAGAUAAUGGUCCUCCCAUUAAAAUUCGACUUCCAUUGAGGAAACACCAAGAACCCGAGGAAUCCAAACAGGGAUUUCAAUUAGGGUCUUCUUCAAGAACUGUUGGACUUCCUAGUUCACACUCUCAGGAAGCUAGAACAAUUGAACGGCCACCGCAGGCUAUCACAAAAGUUGAAUCUAAACAAGGAUUUCAAUUGGGUUCUUCUUCAAGAAGUGUUGUUCAAAAUUCACACUCUCAUGAAGCAAGACCAAUUGAACGACCACCGCAGGCUAUCACAAAAGUUGAAUCCAAACAAGGAUUUCAAUUGGGUUCUUCUUCAAGAAGUGGUGUUCCAAAUUCACACUCUCAUGAAGCAAGAACAAUUGAACGACCACUUCAGGCUAUCACAAAAGUUGAAUCCAAACCAGGAUUUCAAUUGGGGUCUUCUUCAAGAAGUGUUGUUCCAAAUUCACACUCUCAUGAAGCAAGAAGAGUUGAACGCCCACUACAGGGUGUCACAAAAACUGAGACUACCAAUCAGCUACAUGGAAAUCCUGCUUCCAAAGUUUGCAAACCAUUGCAGAAUUUGGCUCCUGUUAAUGCUAAACCAGCAAAUGAGACAGUUAAUAAAGAAAGUCGUAGGGAUAAAGAAAGUCGAAGGGUUGAGGCUUUGUAUAAAUCUUUACAUAACAUUCAGCCGGUAACCUAUGAUGGGUUGGAUUCAUUAGAUCAAGAUUGGUUAUUUAGUUCGGUACCUAAGGAAGCAAUUCCUGUCGCAAAGAAACAGAAGACUGAUGCCUUUCAAUGUUCAAAAUCUCUAUGGCCUCGGGCGCAAUACAUGCCAGAGAUUGACAUUUAUGCUUUGCCAUACACAGUUCCAUUUUGAUUCUUUUGGAAUUUUUGUAGACUGUAGAAGGUAGCUUUUAGUUGGGAACAGUGUUCUGCAAUAUUGAAAGAACCUGUGCAUUAUUUUUUAAACAGGAAAAAAAAAAAACUUGUAACAAAAUUUCAUUGUGGCAGAGAACCAUAUACAAUUUUUAUCAACCAUGUAGUUUUUAAUUGGAUACCA